GGCUGUCUUGCUGGUGCACACACAGAUUGGAUGUGUAUUUUCUUAAACUGCAAAGCAUUUCUGCUUGAUAGUCAAUGUACAUGUGCCAGUGAAUAUAAAAAGUGGGCUGCUAACAAUUAAGUUGGAGUAAAUCUACACUUGCGAAGCUAAAAUCAACUAUCUGAAAGAUGUUCCCCUGGUCUGCUGUGUUCUCUCUGGAGCCAAAAGUGCCAGGCCAGCGCACUCCAGAGGAGCUGGUUACCAACACACUGAUGCUGGAACUGGGGGCCAUGGUGAAGAGAACCGAACGCAUCCGUCUGGAGAGGGCCACUGAGGUCCGCCGCCGUCGUGGCUCCUCAUCCUCAGUGGACUAUAGCUGGCUGGCCGGGCCUCAGCCCCACGUCCCCUACGAGCUCACACCUGGAGACGUGCUGGACCUUCAAGAACUCUGUGCCCAGAUACCUCCUUCACAGUGCGGCCCCGUCAUUGUCAGGUUCCGUAAACUGGUGACGGGGUAUGAGCCAGAAGUGCAUGAGGUGCCGCAGCUCUUCCGCUCUGUGCUGCGGGCCUGCCUGGAGGAGGCUCGGGGAGACGCGGAGCUGCAGGCCAGGAACGGCCGCUGUGACAAGCAGCGCAGUAAGAGCCUGUCCUUCGUCACCUUCCGCUCCAAACUGCGCACACUAAGCCGCGGCAGGGGGAGCUUCGGGGGGUCCAGAGGAAACCUGCAGGAGGAGCCCGCCUGGUCUGACGAGGAGGAAGAGGAGGAGGUCGCGGGGCACGCAGGCGCCGUGGCGAGAGCAAGGAGGGGGAGGAGCCAGAGCAUGCCGGAAAUCAUCCCCAUGGAGCAGGCUGCUCAAAGCUGA